AUGUCCCGCCUCCUCUGCUUCAGAUUGUCGAUCAAAGUCAGGAUUUUCCAAACUCCAGGCGUCACAGCGACCACCAGCGUCACACUGGCGUCGGCAAGCGGCGUUCGAGAGAAACUGCGGCAGAAAAGACGCGCUUUACAAGAGACACUGGCAAAGAGCAAAGACGAGGACGACGAGCAGGCUCUGGUUACGUCGACCAAAUCGAGUGAAGAGAAACGACGAACCGCGAUUAAGGAGCAGGAGGAUGAAGAUCCAGGAGAGACACUGAAACGAAGAAUCCAGGCUCAGAGAGAGAAGAGGAAGAUAAGGCUGCUUGAGCGGUCUUCAGUCCAGGAGUCUCAGGAUGAUGUGGAGGAGAUUUCCACCAGACAGCUCCACAGUGACGCUGAGGAGCGAUCAGCUGUGAGGGGAUCGUCUGAGUGCAGAUCAGCUGACAGCAGAUCAGCUGAGAAGGGAUCAUCUGAGUGCAGAUCAGCUGACAGCAGAUCAGCUGAGAAGGGAUCGUCUGAGAAGGGAUCAGCUGACAGCAGAUCAGCUGUGAAGGGAUCGUCUGAGAAGGGAUCAGCUGACAGCAGAUCAGCUCACAGCAGAUCAGCUGAGAAGGGAUCGACUGAGAGGGGAUCGUCUGAGAGCAGAUCAGCUGAGAAGGGAUCGUCUGAAAGCAGAUCAGCUGAGAGGGGAUCGUCUUGGAGGGAAGAACCAACGGUUGUUUCAAGACCUCCACUAGCUGCUCUCAGAGGUCUCACCUCAGGACUUCAGUCCACGACUGGCUCUCAGCAUUUCGACAGCAACGUGACGCAGCAGCUGAAAGAGCGGUUGAGAGCAGCCAGAUCUAAAGCCGGGAGCUUUCAGCAGGAGGAAUCGUCCUCCUCUGUGGAGCCAUCCAGUCGUUUACAGAGCCUCAGAGACCGAGAGUUGAGCAGCUCCUUCACUUCAGACAGAAGUCCUCACGCCUCCCUCCACCUCAGCUCCAGGGUCAAGUUCAGAGAGUCAGAAAGACAAACAGAGAGAGGCCUCCCCACCGCUGAGGAGGCGUACAAUUUCUUUACCUUCAGCUUUGAGCCAGAGCCACAAGACAAGGCGACCGAGAGCAGCGGACGUAAAAGAAGAGCAGAGGAGGGAGGAAGUGAAGAUGAAGAAGAUGGCGACGCAGACGAGGAUAAUCAAAAGGAAGACGAGUCUCAGACUGAAGAAGCUCCUCUGGUAGAAGACGGAGAGGAGGAUUUGUUGGCCAUCGAACAGUCGUCUCACGACUUCCUGGAAGUGAGGAAAGCAGAGUACGUCGGGUAUGGAAAACUCCUCCAGAGAGAGAGAGAGCGCGGGCUGCUCUUCACGCCCAGUUACAGAGCAGUGCCCACGUCCGUCAAACUGCCUGAAAACAUGAAGCCACGUUUCCUGGAGGACGAGGGUUUCUACGUGGGGGAGAGGCCUCCUGUGUCUAAGACCAACCAGAACAUUCUGGAGAACCGUGUCCUGAAGAUGGACGAGGGAAAGAAGUGGUUUGGAGACGACGGCAGGAUCGUGGCUCUGCCCGACCCCAUAAAGGAAUCAUCCACCAGACCACCUCUGUUCCACAUGGGGGACGACCUGGACCCUGCUCUGCACACUGUGUUCAGGAAGGCGGUGAAGUCCAAACAUGCACACAUGUCCAUGAGCAGUGCUGCAGAUCCAGAAGGAGACUACCGUCUGGACGUGGAUGUCUCCGGUCUGAUCUUCUCUCAUCACCCUCUCUUCAGCCGUGAACACGUGCUGGCGUCUCGUCUGGUUCAGCUCUACGAUCAGUAUCUGAGCAGACAACACAACAACCUGACAGGACACCUCACAGACAAGUUGAAUGGUCUGAGGCGAGCGCUGAGGAACAUGCUGGAGAUCCACGGAGGACGCAGCCUCUCUCAGGUCAUGCAGAACAGAAUAUCCGACUACAGUCUGGAGGUUCGGAAUACACGGCAGCUGCGAGACAGCGAGCAGGAGAAAGAUCGGACUCUGCUGAAGAACCUGGUGAAAGUGUGGAAGGAGACGAAAGCCCUGAGAGAGUUCCAGAAGUUCACCAACACUCCGUACAAGCUCAGCCUCAGAAAAGCGAGUGUGGACCGAGCGUCAGACGAGCGCGAGCACGAAGAGGAAAUCUUGGCAGAAGUCAUGGAGCUGGAGGCCGAGAGCGAAGAGGAAUACCAGAGAAAGUUGGCCGAGUACAAGACGCAGCUGUCCGAGUGGAAGCUGUCCAGAAAGAAACAGAAAGAUAAAAAGAAGAAGAGGAAGACGAAAAAGAAGAAAAAGAAGAAAAAGGGACAGUUACAGGACGACACAGAAGAAGAUGAUGAAGAGGAGGAGGGCAGUGGUCCAGAAGAGCCCGCUGUAGAAGAAGAAGAAGAAGAAGAUCUCCCGAAGCCAGAACCUCCCGAGAAGCCGGACUUUGACUCCGUCGAGCAGGGAGUUAGAGAGAAAGCGUCCAGGAUUCGCAGGAAACCAGGAGAGGCCGUCCUGAUCCCUGAUCUGUCUGCGUCUGGAAACAUCACCGCCAGCGAACUCUGCCCCAGGGCUGAAGUAGCACGAAGGGAGGAAGUGACGCGUCGCUCUCUCUUUGUCAAAGUCGUGUACAACGACAAAGAAGUCUCCCGCACUGACAGACGCUCCCUGAACAGUGAUUUUAGAGUCCACUUUGGUCAGAUCUUCACGCUCAAGAUCUUAAACUGUCCUCAGAGCAUCAACUUACAGGUGUUUGAGGACACCGGGUCAUCAUGUCCACUCCUGGCUCAGGUGUUCGUCCCCGUGCCGGAGCCGUCUGUGUUGACGGGCCGAGUUCCUGUUGAGGAAUUUGAGUUCAGCAGCAACCAGAGGGUGAUGUUUGACCACGAGGGAGUUGGGAGUGACGUCCCCCUCUCCUUUGAUGCCGACGGCAGCAACAAAGUCACCUUGUUGACCUCUGGGAAACUGUCGUGCUGUGUUUCUUGGGGAGUCGGCGAGGACGACGUUCCACUGGCUCCUCCCCUGUCUCAACAUCAGGGCGGCGUACACAGUGGACUGGGACGCGUGGACGCUGUCUCGUACAUCGGUGCUUCUGGACUGUACGACAUGAAGAAAAUCGCAGACUGGGCGACGCAGUCACGUCUGGACCCCAACGAUCCCAAAAACGCCUCCAUCAUGCAGCUGCUUAAAGUGGCCAGCAGUGGAGAGGUGACCGCUCCAGAUUACUUCCGUCUGGAGCAGCUCCAGGAGGAGUUUAACUUUGUGAGCGAUGAAGAGUUGGAGAGCUCCAGACGAUUCCGUCUGCUCAGACUUAGGAACCAAGAGGUCGCAGAGUUUCGUAAUUUCAGAUGUGUUCCUGCUCAGGAGAGAGAGGUCACUGACAAAGUCUUCCAGGAUUAUGAGCAGAGGCUGAAGGAAGGAGAGAUUAUCGACACCAAACAUCAUCUGGACUCACACCGAGCUUUAGUGGCCAAAUAUCUGCAGAAGAUCAGGGAGUCGGUCAUCAACAGAUUUCUUCUUGCCAGACAUCACUACCUGCUGUCUGACUUAGUGAUUGAAGAGGAGAUACCAAGCAUCGGGAUUCUGGGACUCAACCUUUUCAAACUGGCCGAACCCAAACGUCCACUGAAACCUCAGAGGAAAGAGAGAAAGAAGGUGACGGCUCAGAAUCUGUCGGACGGAGACAUCAAGCUGCUGGUCAACAUCAUCCGUGCUUACGACAUCCCUGUCCGCAGACCACAGAGCAAACCUGGAGCGUGUCCUCAGGGCGUCGUCCAGGGCAGUGAUUGGCUCGUCAAUCAGGUUCUGGUGAGGCCGUUUGUGGAAGUUUCCUUCCAGCGCUCGGUUCUUCAAACGACCACAGCAGACGGACCCAACCCCUGCUGGAACGAGGAGCUGCUGCUGCCCUUCAUCGCCCCCAAUGGUGACUACAGCGUUGCCAGUUUGCAGUCGGUCAGAGACGAAGUGUUCAUCAACAUAUUUGACGAGGUGGUUUAUGAAACUGGAGUGAACGACAAAGACGGCGGGACAUCGAUUCACAGCCGAGCAGAGAAGCACUGGUUAGGUUCUGUGAAGAUUCCCUUCAGCACCAUCUAUGCUCAGUCCAGGAUUGACGGGACGUUUAAGGUGAACACGCCGGCCGUGCUGCUAGGCUACAGUAAAGAGCGCAGCCACAGCACCAACAGUGGUUAUGACAUCCUAAGGAGCCUGAGUGAAGGAGCCUUCAUCACACUCUUCAUCACCAUCGAACCUCACCUGGUGCCGGGAGAGUCCAUCAGGGAGAAGUUUGACAGUCAGGAGGACGAGCGUCUGCUCCACGCCUCAGACACCUUUGAGAGGGAGGCGGCUCAGUCGUAUCCGGACCGCCCGUGCGUCACCACCGUUGUCGACCUCAGUGGCAAAACGGUCUUCAUCACGCGCUACAUACGAGCGCUCAACCCCCCGCAGGAGCUGCUGGACGCCUUUCCUGACAACCACCAGGCGGCGACGACUCUGGUCGCUCGCUUCGUCUCCCUCAUCCCGUCUCUGCCGGACAGAGUGACCUUCUCCUUCACCUGUGACCUUUGGAGCACCUGUGACCAAUUCCUCACGCUCCUCGCAGGAGAUGAAGAGGAACACGCUGUUCUGUUGUGCAACUACUUCCUGUCUAUGGGUAAAAAAGCCUGGCUCAUUAUUGGUACAGCGAUACCAGAGGGAACGACAGCGUACGUCCUGACCUUUGAGCAGAGCCGUUACCUGAUCUGGAAUCCCAGCAGUGGUCAGUUCUACGGUCAGUACGACACCUUCUGCCCCCUGCAGGCCGUCGGCUGCCUGGUCAACGCAGACAAUGUUUGGUUUAACAUUCAAGAACACGCUUCACCAAUGACCGUGAAUUUUGACGUCACAAAAGCCAAUUUAUGGAAGCCAUUUUUCUCACGAGUUUUCUCUCACCCUGGACUGAGCAGUGUUCAGCCGGAGGAGCUGGUGUAUCGACGCACAGACAGAGCAGCAGCUGCUGAACUUCAGGACAGAAUAGAGAAGAUCCUGAAGGAGAAGAUGAUGGAAUGGCGCCCCCGUCAGCCCACUCGCUGGAACCGUCACUGCACCACCACCCUCAAACACUUCCUGCCAAAACUGGAGCAGAGCGGGGGGCGGGACAUCGCCGAGGGACACCGCCACGAGCUGCAAAGCAUGCUGGGAGACAACAGGAUUUCAGGAUUCCCGCUGCACCUCCCGUUCUCAGAGAUCCGGCCCAUCAUCGAGGCCGUGCACAGCACCGGCGUUCACAACGUCCAGGCGUCUAACGUGGAGUUUGCGCUGGCCGUGUACGUUCACCCGUACCCCAACAACGUGCUGUCAGUGUGGAUUUACCUGGCGUCGCUCGUCCGCACCUGACCUCCAAUUCUGUUAGAGUAUGUCAGCUCUGAUCUGCACGCACACUGUAAUGUAAUUAAACAGUUUUUAAUAUUUUUAA